UUGCUCUUGUCAAACCAAUCGUUAGUGUAACAGUUAUACGAUAGAACGACGUCGUUUCUUUCUCGCACACACACACACACACACACACAUGUUACGAGCGUAUCAUGGAGAAAGAUAUUAAUAAGAUAAUAAUAAGAUAUAUUUGUUGCACACGAAUAGAUGUUGUAAUAUUAAUGAAACUUCAAAUAGGCACUUAAGACGCUAUUUACAUGUUACUUUAUGCGUCUGUUAAAUCGUCAUUUGUUCGUCAAACUCUUAAAGAUAUUUUUGUGGUCGAUGGCGUGACAUUAUAUUAACGUAUAUAACCUCUUGUGGACAAUGACGGCCCAUCGUUCGAUUUAAUUUACACGUAACAUUAGUAUAAUGUCAUUGCAAUUAGAAAAUUACUAGGAGUUUUCUAUCUUAGUUCAAAAAGUUUAUUAUAAAAUUCUUUGAUAUGAAAAUUGACACAAUUACGUUAACAACACCGAGAUGGUUAAUGAUCUAAGAUUUGCGAAUUAUGGACAGUUUAUACCAUUAUGGUAAGUUUUCGAAUUUUAUAUUCGUCAAUACAAUUCUUUUUUUUUUUUUUUUUUUUUUUUGUAAGCGUCCGAGUGAACACAAACACGCACAUACACACAUACGCGCGCGCGUACACACACGCACAGAGCAGCACAGGUUUUUAUAAAUCCAUGCAACGAUCUACUACUUGUAUACCAUCGCGUAAGAUGCAGGAUACAUUAUUCACGGUAUUUCUCCUCAAAGUAUUGUAUGUACUUUUAUAAAGAACUUCGCGCAAGCGUAACUUUGAAGAAUAUGGAUCCUCUAGUCUAAGGUGAGAUCUUGCCGAUACCAUCGACUUUCCCAUGUACGAUUUCUUUUGGAUUGUAAAUAUACAAUUCAUUUUAUAUAUCCAUUUGAUAUAUCCAUAACUAUUAUAUCUUAAUAUCGUUCGUAUGAUCAAAUCAACAUCCUUGAAGAAAAGAGCGCAUGCGUCGUGUACUGUCCAAUGGAUAAAGUCAAACGAGCUUGGGGGAGAGUUUGAUCCUCGGUCAUCGGCGAGAAUGAAGACAGUGCAGUUUGCAUUCUUCACCGGCGUAGCAUGCUUUUUGCCCAACAGUUUACGUCCUUGCCAUGCCUUGCCAAAUAUAAGAAGUCUCGCGCACCGAGCAAGGCGAUGGAGCGUUACGAACGGUUGGGACGUCUUGGAGAGGGUAGUUACGGAGUCGUCUUCCAAUGUAAAGAUCGGCAUACUGGAAAAUUGGUGGCUGUUAAAAAAUUUCAACAAACGGAGGACGAUCCUCUUAUACGAAAGAUUGCGCUUCGGGAGAUACGCUUGCUCAAGAAUUUGAAACACCCAAAUCUGGUGAACCUUUUGGAAGUAUUCAGACGAAAAAGGAAGCUGCAUUUGGUAUUUGAAUACUGCGAGCAUACACUUUUAAACGAGAUGGAGAAAUUCCCGUACGGUUGUCCCGAUCUCAUGAUCAAACAGCUUACAUGGCAAAUUCUUCAAGGUAUUGCCUAUUGUCACCGACUUGGCUGUGUUCACAGAGAUGUUAAACCAGAGAAUAUUUUAAUUACGGCGGAGGGUGUUGUAAAGCUUUGUGAUUUUGGAUUUGCUCGAAUGCUUAGUCCCGGAGAAAAUUAUACGGAAUACGUGGCAACGAGAUGGUACAGGGCACCAGAAUUAUUGGUUGGGGAUACCCAAUAUGGAACUCCAGUAGACGUAUGGGCAAUAGGGUGUGUAUUUGCCGAAUUAAUACGAGGAGAAGCCCUAUGGCCUGGCAAAUCGGACGUGGACCAACUUUAUUUGAUAAGAAGAACUGUAGGCGACUUAUUACCAAGGCAUAUUGCUAUAUUUCAGCAAAACGAAUUCUUCGCUGGUAUAACACUUCCAUCACCGCAAAAGCUUAUACCAUUUAAGGAUAUUUUUCCUGAUAGACCCAGUACACUCUUACAAAUUGAUUUUUUGGACAAGUGCUUGGACAAAGAUCCAAAUGUAAGGUGGACGUGCGAGCAGCUUCUACAGCAUGGAUACUUUGAAAAUUUUCAUUUUAAAAUUCCUGACGUGGAAUUAGAAGAAUUCGAGAAGCUCAAAAAAUACAGAGAUCGUUCGCGAUUAAGUCAGAUGAAUAGUCAUGCGAUCGAAGACCAUGGAUACCGGACUGAUAAUUCGAAAUACAAUCAAAUGCUACUACCGCAACUUCCUCAAAUGAACGUUGUCGCGCAUGGUCAAAAUGACAAUCGGCCUAAAAGCACGAGUAUGCAACAUCAGCAAGGCUUCGAUCAUUUACCUACGAUAAGAGGCUGCAAUUAGUAUUGUAAAGUAUAUCUACUUGUGGUUCGUUAGUUAUACAUAUAUGUUAUACAUUAUAUGAUAUACAUAUGAUGAUAAUGAUGACGAUGAUUAUUAUUAUUACUAUUAUUAUUAUUAUUAUUAUUAUUAUUAUUAUUAAUAUUAUUAUUAUUAUUAUU